GGCAUCGGGCCCCCGGGCGGAGCAGCAGGCAUCGGGCCCCCGGGCGGGGUGGGCGCCGGGCCCCCAGGCAGAGCGGCGGGCGCCGGGCCCCCAGGCGGGGCGACAGGCAUCGGGCCCCCAGGCGGGGCGACAGGCAUCGGGCCCCCAGGCGGGGCGACAGGCAUCGGGCCCCCAGGCGCGGCGACAGGCAUCGGGCCCCUAGGCGCGGCAACAGGCAUCGGGCCCCCAGGCGGGGGGGCGGGCGCCGGGCCCCCAGGCAGAGCGACAGGCAUCGGGCCCUCAGGCGGAGCGGCGGGCGCCGGACCUCCAGGUCUCGGGCCCCCAGGCGAAGCGGCGGGCACCGAGUCACCAGGCACGACAGUGGGCUCCGAGUCAACUGGCAUGACCGCUGGCACUGGGUCAGACAUUGGAUCGUCUGGCUGGACAGCGGGCAUCGGGUCACCAGGCAUCAGGUCAUUUGGCUCGACAGCGGGCACCGCGUCAUCUGGCAAGGCAGUGGGCUCCGAGUCAACUGGUAUGACCGCGGGCACUGGGUCAGACAUUGGAUCGUCUGACUGGACAGCGGGCAUCGGGUCACCAGGCAUCAAGUCAUUUGGCUCGACAGCGGGCACCGCGUCAUCUGGCAAGGCAGUGGGCUCCAAGUCAACAGGC